GGGGCGCCCCGCCCCUUGGCAGGCCCCUGUGGCCAAUGGGACGGCCUUGGAAGAGGCCCGGGCCGCCUCGUAGCUUCAAAAACGUGUGAGGAGGCAAGAGGGUGCAGACAGAGCCUCAGCUGCUGCAGCGUCCUCAGAGCCACUGCCACCACCACCACCACCGGCCAGCAUGUCCUCUGCCCAUUUCAACCGAGGCCCCGCCUACGGUCUGUCAGCCGAGGUCAAGAACAAGCUGGCCCAGAAGUAUGACCUCCAGCGGGAACAGGAGCUUCGAGAGUGGAUUGAGGGGGUGACAGGACGCCGCAUAGGCACCAACUUCAUGGACGGCCUCAAAGAUGGCAUCAUUCUUUGCGAGUUCAUUAAUAAGCUCCAGCCAGGCUCCGUGAAGAAGGUCAAUGAAUCGACACAAAAUUGGCACCAGCUGGAGAACAUAGGCAACUUCAUCAAAGCCAUCACCAAGUACGGGGUGAGGCCCCACGACAUCUUUGAGGCCAAUGACCUGUUCGAGAACACCAACUACACCCAGGUGCAGUCCACCCUCCUGGCCCUGGCCAGCAUGGCCAAGACGAAAGGGAACAAGGUGAACGUGGGUGUGAAGUAUGCCGAGAAGCAGGAGCGGAAAUUUGAGCCGGAGAAGCUUCGAGAGGGGCGGAACAUCAUUGGGCUGCAGAUGGGCACCAACAAGUUUGCCAGCCAGCAGGGCAUGACGGCCUAUGGUACCCGGCGCCACCUCUACGACCCCAAGCUGGGCACGGACCAACCCCUGGACCAGGCCACCAUCAGCCUGCAGAUGGGCACCAACAAGGGAGCCAGCCAGGCCGGCAUGACGGCUCCGGGGACCAAGCGGCAGAUCUUCGAGCCGGGGCUGGGCAUGGAGCACUGCGACAGUCUCAACGUCAGCCUGCAGAUGGGCAGCAAUAAGGGGGCCUCGCAGCGGGGCAUGACGGUGUAUGGGCUGCCGCGCCAGGUUUACGACCCCAAGUACUGCCUGACGACCGAUUACCCCGAACUGGGCGAGCCUGCCCACAACCACCACCCACACAACUACUACAAUUCUGCCUAGGGCCCUGGGCCUCCCGCCUUCCCCCCCACCCCAGGGAGGCUGGCUGCUGCUCAGCAGGGCCUAGCCCGGCCCCGCUAACCCCUGCCCCCUGCAUGGCGCCCUCCAGCCCCUGGCACCUGCCUACAGGGUUAGCACUGGGGGGAGGAGCAGACUGGGGGGUCUGUGUGUAGGGGGGAGGGGGCUCUCCUCCCUGGAGCACUGCAGGGCCCAACAUCGAGCCAGGUGUUCCCAACAGCAUCCAAAGGACGCACUGAGCAAAGCUACCCCAGCUGCCCCCCACUCCCUCACAGGUGGGUUCCCCCCAGGACAAGAAGCCCCCCAAGCAAAGCCCCCAGAGCCCAGGCUCAGCCUGCCUCCACCCCAUUCCCACAAUGGGAGCCAACUGCAUGCCCAGAGACCCAGCGGACACACGCGGUUUGGUUUGCAGCGACUGGCGUAUGUGGAUGUGACAGCGGUGUUUGUAAUGCGAGCACUUUCUUUUUCUAUUUCACUGGAGCACAAUAAAUGGCUAUAAAAUCA